AUGGUCGAUGCCUUCAAUGUUGCUGUUGGCGCGGUUCUCCAACAAAGUCUGCCAGAUUCUACUGUGCCUUUGGCUUUCUUCUCCAGGAAAUUAUCCAAGGCCGAAACCCGUUACAGCACAUUCGGACGUGAACUUCUCGCCGCUUUUCUUGCCGUGAGGCACUUCCGGCAUUUACUCGAAGGUCGAGAGUUCACAGUUUUCACAGACCAUAAGUCACUCACCUUUGCUAUGCAUUCCCACUCUGACAAACUAAACCCACGGGAGAUCCGCCACCUGAACUACAUUUCGCAGUUCACUUCAGACAUCCGCAAUGUUGCCGGGUCACGGAAUGAGGUGGCUGGCGCACUGUCCAGGCCCUCUAUCGCUGACCUCCAGCUUUCAUCCAGGAUCGACCUCGCUGAGAUGGCCGCUGAACAACGUCGUGUCGGUCCACCCUGUCAUGAGGAUGUUUCCGGACUCCAACUUCAGGAGCUAUCACUGACAACUGGCAACGGCAUCAUUCUAUGUGACGUGUCCACCCCAUUCCAUCGUCCAUCUGUGCCAUCAUCCUUCUGCACAAUCUAUCUCACCCUCGCAGUCGAACCACCGACUACUUGGCUUCCGACCGCUUCGUCUGGCCUGGGAUGUACAAGGACCCCAAAGCAUGGACACGGACUUCUUUCGCCUCUCAAUGCAGUAUGGUCCAGCGGCACAUAA